AGACACUGCCCCUCUACUCCUAUGGAUGCAAGGCGGCCCAGGGACAUCGUCUUUGUUGAGUUCACUCCUUGAGACUGGACCUUGCCUCAUCACAGAGGCAAAUACCACCGCCUGCAAUCCUGAAUCAUGGGCGGAGAGUUUCAAUAUGCUCUACGUGGACCAGCCCGCUGGCGUCAGUCUCUCCUACGUUCAUGAGCCUAGCGCAUAUCCCAACCGCACUGGAGAUGCGGUGCGCGAUGUGGUGUCUCUGAUCGAGCUUGUUUAUGAAGUCUUUCCUCAUAUUUCCAAGACCAGCUUGUACAUAGCCGGUGAAAGCUUUGGAGGGGAGGUAUGGCCCGGCUCUUGCGUCGCUGAUCCUUGAGCACAACGCCCGGGAGCAGGCGGACCGUCGGAUCCCCCUGCGAUCGCUAGCUGUUGUCAACGGAUGGAUGGACCCC